CCCUGCUCAAAAGAUAAGGUCUGUCUCCCACUCUCUCUCUCUCUCUCGCCAUGCUUUCUCUCACCCCACCCAAACCUCUCUCUCUCUUCUCCAACCACCACCAUCCUUCCCCUUUCCUUAACCUCCACUCCCUCGUCCUUAACCUACACCACCUCCGUCCUAAACCCCACACCCUCCUCAAACCAAUCUCAGCCGCCCAAUUCCCAACCCCACCCACCCCAUCACCGUCCGAUCAACUCUACCAGCCCUUCCGACCCCCUCCCUCCCCCAAAUCCCCAUCUCUCACCCCAGACACCAUCCUCGACAUCCUCAGCAACCGCCUCGGCCUCUGGCACCAGUACGCCCCUCACAUCUCCACCCUCCAACGCCAAUUCGCCUUCUCUCCACCCACCAUCGAGGAGGUCACCGGCAUCAGUGGCGUCGAGCAGAACCGCUUGAUCGUCGGGGCCCAGGUACGCGACUCCCUCAUCUCCUCCCAACUAGAUGAAGAAACCCUCUCCUUCUUCGACAUCGGCGGCGCCGAGAUCCUCUACGAGCUGAGGCUGCUCUCUGCCUCGCAGCGCGCGGCCGCGGCCCGCCACGUGGCGGCCCACCGGCUCGACCCCGAGGCGACGGAGGAGCUCGCCCGGGCGAUGAAGGAUUUCCCGCGCCGGCGCGGCGACCCCGGGUGGGAGUGCUUCUCGCCGGUCCCUGGCGACUGCCUGGCGUUCAUGUACUUCCGGCAGAGCAAGGAGCACCAGACCAAGGCGGAGCGGACGGCUUCUCUGCAGCAGGCCAUGGAGGUUGCGGAGACAGAGAGGGCGAAAUUGAGGGUUUCGGAGGAGUUGUGGAAGGGAGAGGGCGAUGGGGCAGUUGACGAGGACGCUGCACGGGCGGCGAGGGCACGGGUCCCGGUCGUGCGUAUGCAAACUGGGGAGGUUGCAGAGGCGACGUCGGUGGUGGUGAUGCCGGUCUGUGAGGCGGAGGAAGGUGAAUUGGGGGUGGUUGGUGCGCCGGAGUGUCGAACGGUGGGAGAAUUUAGGGUGGUGGUGGCUGAGAAGGGAUGGAGCAGAUGGGUGGUGUUGCCAGGGUGGGGCCCGGUGGCGGCGAUUGAGAAGGGAGGGGUGGUUAUAGGGUUUAAGGAUGGGAGGUUUUUGCCAUGGAAGGUGAAUAUGAAAGGGUAUAUGGAGGAGGAGAUUCUAGUGGUGGUGAACAGGGAGAAGAAGGAUGUGGCAGAGGAGGAAGGGUAUUAUCUGGUGGUGAACGCAGAGGAUGGUGGUUUGAAGGUGGAUGGAGGGGAUAGGUUGAAGAACAAAGGGGUGAAUGAGAGUUUGGGAAAUGUGGUUUUGGUGGUGAGGCCCCCCAAGGAGGAUGAUGAUCUCCAGUUGAUUGAUGAUGAUUGGGAGUGAGAGGUGUGAAGGAUCCCACUUCUUUUCUCCUUUAGAGGGGUUUUGGGGCUUUGAUAGGUUGGUACAUAUGUGGUAAUGUGGGUUUGAUUGGGUGGUCUGGAUCGAUGAUCCAAUGGUCCAUGAUGUGGAUGGCAUAUGUCCUGAAAAAUCUUCAAGAUCAGAGGAGAUAACUGUUUGAUCUGAUGCAUAGGAUCUUUUGAGCAGGUGAUUUUUGGGGUGGCCCUCAGUCCAUCGUGAGGCCUAUCAGAUCAACGGAUUGGAUUACUUGUUCAUGGCUCCACAUUAACAUGUUCUGGUGUAUCAAGGCUCUAUAAGUCCUCGUUGUUUUUGGGGCUAUAGUUUAUAUAUUGCAUAUAGGAUAAGAAGUUGGGAACUGAAAAGGGUUUCCGGAUGUGAGAGUUUAGAAUCAAAAUGAAAAUGGAAGAUGCAUCUGGUUUUGGGUUUAUCAUACAUACACCAUGCUGACGAAUAAUAGCAGUUUUGGAUGACAAUUUGAAUGAAAACAUGAUUUCUUCCAA